AUGGAGUCUUUUGCCGGCGACUCGGUUUUCACCUCCAAUUGGGAUUACUUUGUUUUUCUUCUUCUUCGUCCUAUUCUCGCUGUUGUCUUUAGCCUCUCCGUGCUGUUCUCCGGCUGGUUCUUGGCAUGGAAGCUGGUUCUGGUUCAUGUGCCCCUGGUGCAGGAGAUAUUUGGUCUGAGGAAAAAACCCGUCAAGCCGAAGCCAGCUGGUAGAAGAAGAUUCACUCAAUUUUACAACAGUGUUAAUGUCCAAAAUCCCAUAUUGUGGUAA